UGCUACUGCUGGUAGUGCUACUGCUACUACUACUGCUGCUACUACUGCUACUACUGCUACUACUGCUACUACUGCUACAGCUGCUACAGCUGCUACUACUGCUACUACUGCUACAGCUGCUACUACUGCUACUACUGCUACUACUGCUACUGCUACUACUGCUGCUACUGCUGCUACUGCUGCUACUACUGCUACUACUGCUACUACUGCUACUGCUGCUACUGCUGCUACUGCUGCUACUGCUGCUACUACUGCUACUACUGCUACUACUGUUACAGCUGCUACUACUGCUACUACUGCUACUGCUACUACUGCUGCUACUGCUGCUACUGCUGCUACUGCUGCUACUACUGCUACUACUGUUACUGCUGCUACUGCUGCUACUGCUGCUACUGCUACUAUUGUUACUACUGCUACUACUGCUACUACUGCUAAACAAAAACAAAAAAAAAACAGAACGAUAUAUUAAACACUUUGCGUGGUUUAUUUACACCAUGAAAUGUAUUUCUCUACAUCAGAUUUGCUUGCCGAAAAGUCCUAACUUACGAAAUACGGACAACCUACGUUGCUAUGCGGUCGGUUGGGGGAAUACAGAGGACAGGCUGGAAUACAAGCGACCAAGAGCGUUGAAGCAACUUCGCGUGAAUGUAAUACCCCACGACAAAUGUAACAGUAAUAUAUCGUAUAAUGGAAGCGUGCCCGAGACAUAUUUCUGUGCGGGUUUCUCUGAAGGUUUGAACGAUACUUGCUAUGGAGAUAGCGGUGGACCUCUGCAAUGUGAUAACGGUGAUGAUACAUGGAGUGUACGUGGUUUAGUUAGUUGGGGAAUUGGUUGCGCAAGACCCAAUAAAUAUGGUGUAUACUCAAACGUCUCGAAGUAUAUGCCUUUUUUGCAUAAAAUUAUGUCAGGUGAGUAGAUAAUUGUCUUUGUCUGAAGUGGUGGGAUGGUCAGAUGACAGUUAGGAAAAUAAUAAAUAAUGAUUUUAAAUAAUGAUUUAACUACAGACUCUCCUUCAACCGUAUCUUAUUGUUGUUCUAUUAUUUCCCAGCGAAUGUGAUCUCGUAAUGUUAUUAUACAUUGCUAUUGUCACUAUAGUCAUUAUAGUUCGCACCUACGAGCAUUGUUAACGUUGAAUAUAUUUUUCUGCGAUUGUUGUUCUUACUGAUAAUCUUAAAGUUGUUGUUACUGUAUCUUAUUAGAGAAGUUCAGGUUUGAAUUCCACAACCGCUACCAUUAAGGGACCAUGAACCAAUCAGAAGCGUUUGACAUAUCCGAUUAACCAAUCAGAUGCGUACUAUGCCAGUGAGAGGUAGUGGAAGUCAAAUCUGAACCUCUCUAUUGUUACUAUGAUGAUAGUUGGCAGCUACGAAUUGUUACACCGGCCAUUUCAAGCCCACGAUUAACAAAAUAAAGGUUUGAUUAGUGUAUCAACUACGUUGUAUCAACUUAAAUGAAAUACACGAGUGUCGGGAAAACAGGAUCGGGGGGUUGCAUGGCUAUCAUUUUUCGUCGAAUAAAAGAAACAAUAGCGGCCGCAAAAAAAUUUUCAACUUUUGUCAAUCCUAUUUUGUAUUUAACCACCGUUGUUCGUUCCAUUUUUCCCUAAUGUUUUCUUAAAUUUGUCAGCUAUCAUUCUUAAUUUUUAAUCGAUGUCACUCUUCCUAUCCAAAUCCAUGUUUUACCGACUUGGCAUUCGAUAUUUUGCCGACUACUUGAUGACUGGGGGGGGGGGAGGGGUGUAACACCCCCGCUUUAGCGCCGGCCCUGUGCAAGAAUUCUGAAAAGAACUAGGAUCUUCAUUGGCUUGAACAGCUCUGAAAAACGACAAAGAACAGCAGUACACUCACUCAUGACAGUGAUGUUAGAAUGCUUUCCCGUCUUAAUUAACUACUAUGACCAGAAUUCCCCGUGCGCAUUACGCCUUUUGAUGUCAUUGCAUAAGGUCUAAGAGCUAAAAUAUUCAAUCUCUUUUUUUACCUUAGGCCAUGAUUUACGUCUGCGGCGCUUUGAAAGGAUGACUGUUCAGGACAUCUACAAGCAAAAUCCAUCGAAAGACUACUUUCAGCUAUGUUCUUGUAGCAUCUAUUCUAUAAUCCAGUUUGCUCAUCCGAAUGUCACAACUAUUGAUAUAGUCAGAACAUGGGCAUUAGUACCAUCACAAAUCACCGUGCUAAAAAUCGCAAGCCCUAGUGACGUGGCUAUCGCAUUCGAGUGGGAUGUCAAAAAGACUUGCAAGUCAAAAACAUUCCAAAGUUUCCUUGAUAUAGCAAGGCUUGGCUCAUAUAUUGGCGUUAACAAUGACACAUUAAAGAAAUUUGGCAAAAGGCUGAACCUGACUGUUGAUGAAAUGGCGUUUUUGCUUCGAAGAACGGUUGCCUCUUUACUUUUGAUGCCCAACAUCAAAUUUAAGAAACUUCAAAGAGAAAUCAACCAGGGGAAAUUGGUGGAGAAGAAGGUAUCCCGUUUGAUACAACUUGUUGCUUUUUUGAAAAAACUGCAACCUGGUGCUCGCUUUAAUGAACUGCACAAACUGAAAGAAAUCGUAAGGGACUACUCUUACGAAAUAGCUAAAAACCUCACAGAUGAUUCAUUAAAACAGAUUAUUUCAACAAACCAUAUUGAUGUCUUCACAAAAUACGUUCAGCUCCAAAACCUCGGAGUAUUCUUUGGCAAUCUGUCUUUGGAUGAUCUAAAGGAGCUACGUUUAAGCGAUAUUAUCGUGGACCUGAUGGGAAUGGAUCUAAACGAUUUCGAAAGUCAAUUUUCAAGCGACGACGUUGAAAAUUCUGUUCAUAAUAAAAUACGUGAAGUAGAAAUGUACUGGGGUAUUCCCACUGAAUUGCUGACACUUGAAAAGCUUUUGAUAGCUUCAAAGUUAAUGGAAGGUAACGUUCAAUUUGUAUCCUUACUUCAUGCAGGCCUGUAAAUAAGGACCAAUGUCCGACCAAAGCAAAAAGUGCUCGGACAAUUGACAAAGUGAAAUUAAAAAAAAAAUAAGCAUGAUGUAGUUCGGCUGGUCAUGUUGGUCUGCACUGCACUGCACUGCACUGCACUGCACUGCACUGCAUCUAGAACGUAACCUUUCCUAAGGGGCGAACCAUUAGAAAUCCCGGGAGGGGGGAGGGGUGUGAAAAUUCCCCCAAAAAAAUUCGUGCAGCCAUUACGUCAGAGAAAAAAAUCGUGCAAGCAAACAGCAAAGUGUAAAUAGUCUUGAAAAAAAAUUCUUGCAGAGGUUAAAUGCAUAAAAAAAAUCCUGCAGAGACAUGAGACUGAAAAAAAAAUCGCGCGGCCAAAAUUUUAUAGCCCCCCACCUCCUGGGAUUUCUAAUGGUCCGCCCCUAAUCAGAGGCCCCUAAUGCAACAUUGAAUUCUCUGUCCGGAAUUCCAGAAAUGCCCUCAAUCAUGUAGAGGACAUGCAGGUAUUCUGUUUCAUUAAUAAAAAUAUGUUAAAAGGGCUAGCUUAAAUGGAUUGGUCAUAUGUCCGGUCAUAACAAUUAAGGUUUGGUCGAACAAAAGGUAAUAUUUGAUCGGACAAUGUUCGAUGACCGGUAAUAAUUUGCAAGCGUGUUGUGGACAGCCCCUUUCAUAAUUUUUCUUAACUAAUAUUCGCACUUAGCAUGCAUAGAAUGAGUCCUUUAUAUAGUUCAAAAUAUUUUCCCGAAAAAGACAGGAAAUAAAGCGAUAUUUACUAAAAACAAAUACAGGAAAUAAAGUUAAAAUUACUAAAACAAACACAAAUUUGCUGAACUAGUGUCUAAAAGGUGGCUAAAAGCUUUUCCAACAAACCCUAUUAAAUGUAUGGUAAUCACCAUCCCACUUCCCUCUUUUCAAUGAUGGUUGGUUGGAAUGGUGAUGGCCUUUACAAUUUACAAUUUUCUCAGUUCUGUCUUUCAAAACCUAGCUACACAUCAUUAACAAAACGCUAUCAGUAACAGUAUUGUAUGACAGCUUAUUGAAACAAAAUUAUAUUCGUACUGUACAAUGUGUCGACAACUUGACAAGCUUGUAUAUACAUGCCUUUGAAAAGUUUCUCUCUUUUUUCUUACUAGCUACAUUUAACUGCAAUCAUUGUGACGUAAAUUCAGAGCAUUAUGAACCUGAUUGCGAUGUUGUAUGUGAUCGUUGUACUUCCAAAGAAUGCAAUCGUCCUAUUGAUUUCAUAGAAAGACAGAGAG